AUGGCAGCAACAAUGGCUGGUAUGAGUCUUUCAACUCCUAGAGUAGUUUUCAAGGCACCAGAAUCGCUUCAAAAGUCUCAAACCAUCAGGUUCGCACCAGUUUUCAUGCUCAACCAAAGGUGGGCCAGUACUGCCAGUUCGGGCAGGAUGGUAAGCAUUCGACCCGUACGGGCAUCACCGGAUAGCAUAACUGGAAAGGUGGAAGAGAGCAUAAAGAACGCGGAGGAGACUUGUGCAGGAGACGCCACUAGCGGCGAGUGUGUGGCGGCGUGGGACGAGGUGGAGGAACUGAGCGCGGCGGCAAGCCACGCCAGGGAUAAGAAUAAGGGAUCGGACCCACUUGAGGAAUACUGCAAGGACAACCCGGAGACUGACGAGUGUCGCACCUAUGAUAACUGA